UUAAAAUAUACAUUUAAUGCGUUCAUAUAACAUACUUAUAACAGAUACCAAGAAGCAAGAGAGUCGUUUUAUGGAUAAUUAAAAAUCUAUCAAACAAUUUCGAGCAACAUGUGUACGCCAGCGAAAAUUAAAAAGUUAGAUGAAAUCGUGGUGAAUAAAAUCGCAGCAGGGGAGAUAAUCCAAAGGCCAGCAAAUGCAUUGAAAGAAUUAAUAGAAAAUAGUUUGGAUGCCAAAGCAACAAAUAUACAAAUUACUACAAAGGAAGGAGGCCUGAAACUAUUACAGAUACAAGAUAAUGGUACAGGUAUUCGAAAGGAAGACAUGGACAUUGUAUGCGAAAGAUUCACAACAAGCAAGUUGCAAAAAUUUGAAGACCUCAGUGCGCUUACAACGUUUGGAUUUCGAGGAGAAGCUUUGGCUAGUAUCAGUCAUAUAGCUCUUCUUACUAUUACCACAAAAACAGCAGAUGAAAAAUGUGCCUAUAAAGCAUCAUAUAUUAAUAGCAAGUUAAAAGCACCUCCAGCACCUUGCGCUGGAAAUCAAGGCACUAUAAUAACAAUAGAGAAUCUGUUUUAUAAUGUGGCAACUAGAAGGAAAGCUUUAUCAAAUCCAUCAGAAGAAUUUAAUAAAAUUACAGAAAUAGUUAUGAAAUAUGCUGUGCAUAAUCCAACAGUAGGAUUUACAUUAAAAAAACAUGGUGAAUCAAGUGCACAGGUCCGAACACCACAUAAUUCAACAAAACAAAGUAAUAUAAGAAUAUUGUACACCAAUUCAGUUGCUCGUGAAUUAUUGGAGGUUGAGUUAAACGACGACACUUAUAAGUUUAAGAUGCAAGCUUUGGUGACAAAUGCAAAUUACACAAAUAAACGAAUGAUGAUGCUUCUAUUUAUUAAUAAUCGAUUGGUUGAUUCUUCUUCUAUUCGUAAAAUGUUAGAGGAAAUAUAUUCCGUAUAUCUUCCAAAGAAAACCCAUCCAUGGUGUUAUAUAUCUUUGGAUAUCAAUCCACAAAAUAUUGAUGUUAAUGUACAUCCAACAAAACAUGAAGUUAGAUUUCUUCAUGAAGAUACAAUAAUUGAAAGAAUGAAAUUUGCUUUAGAUGAAAGAUUAGCUGGUAACAGUGCUUCUAGAACAUUUUAUCUGCAAGCCAGGUUACCAAAAGUUGACAUUAGCAAAGAAGUUCUAGAAGAAGUUUUACCGGAAUAUAAUAAAGAAAAUCCAGAUAAAUUGAAAAAAGUCCAUGCUAAAGAAAUGAUUAGAACAGAUUCGUCUGAUCAAAAAUUGGAUAAAUUUAAUUUCACCAUACAUACUCCUUGCAAACAUGAUAGCAAUACUUUCAUAGAAAAAUCAACUCGUAAUGCAGAAACGGAAUCUCUCAAUAUUGAAACUUCUUCAGAGGAGAAUAUAUCUCAUAUUACUACGGAAAAUCCAUCCAUUAAUAAAUGUCAACAAAAAGAUUCUAAUUUAAAUAUUACAGAACAUAAUUUUACAUCAUUAUCUAAGAUAGAGAGCUAUAUCGAAGAGACUUCAGUUAAUACUUCAACACAUUGGAGUAAUAUAUCAGAUAUUAGAACUAUAAGUUCACUGGAACAAAACACUUGUAAUCCAAGUACAUCUGUACAAAAAGAUAAGCCAGAUAAUAUUCGUUCAGAAAAUACUAUAUAUAAUGUUACAGAAUUUUUAAACGAAACAGUGGAUGAAUCUAUGGAAGAUAAUUCUAGAGACAUCAUAGCUGAUAAAGCUCGUAAGCGAGUGUAUCAAUAUUUCGGAAAUAAGGAUAUUAUCGAUGAUAGAAAAAAAAAUUUAGAAGAAGAUAAAAAAGAAACUACAUCGCAAAGUAUAAACGAUAAUAAAAAAGAAGAUGAAAGUUCGAUAUCCAAUACAAAUCAACCUGAAAGUAGUAUAGAUUCAAUUGAAAAAACUGUUUCUGCUGAUGAUUCUCCAAAGUCUGCAUCACAGUUUAGGUCAUAUUCUGUAAAUAAUUUUAGACACGAGGUAAAAUUGACUAGUAUUUUAAAAUUACGAAAAGAAGUUGAAGACGAGUGUCACGAGGGAUUAAGAAACAUUCUCACCAAUUUGACAUUUGUCGGUUGCAUUGAUCAAAUUUCGGCUUUAAUACAAAGUGGAGUGAACUUGUACAUAUGCAAUACAAGAAAAUUAGCAGAGGAGCUUUUUUACCAGAUUAUGCUUUAUGAUUUUGCAAAUUUUGGUGUCAUCAAAUUUUCAGAACGGAUAUCGCUAUUUGACUUAGCAAUGAUUGCUUUAGAUUCGGGAGAAACUGGUUGGACAGAAGAGGAUGGACCAAAAGAUGAAUUGGCAGCAAGGGUAAAGGAGUUGCUUUUGGAAAAAGCAGAUAUGAUGAACGAAUAUUUUUCGAUUGUUAUGGAUAAAGUAGGAAAUUUAAGAUCGUUGCCAGUGUUGUUAGAUAAAUAUUUUCCAUAUGAAGCAGAAAUUCCAUUGUACAUAAUGCGACUGGCAACUGAAGUUAAUUGGAGAAAAGAACAAGUGUGUUUUCAGAAUAUUUGUCGUGAAACGGCAAAAUUUUUCAGUUAUAUCAAUCCAAAACCUGAGACGCACGAUUGGAAAUAUAUAACCGAACAUGUUUUAUACUCGGCGAUUAAAGAAAGUUUACUUCCACCAAAACAUUUUGCUCAUGAUUCAACAAUAUUACAAAUAGCCAGUUUACCUGAUUUGUAUAAAGUAUUCGAGAGAUGUUAAAAUAUACUAUUAAACAUACAAAAGUACAAUACAAUUUGCAAUUAAUGUGCCAUGACAAGAACUGAAUUAAGAUAAAAUCAAGUGUAUUUUAAACACUAUCAACUUAUAAUUUAUA